UCUAACAUGAUAUAACUCAGCAGUUUGACUCAAGUAAUACAUUACCUUCUUUACCCUAACAGGUUAUAUGGAGAUAUGAUGGCAAAAAACCAGAUACCUUAGGGCUAAAUACCCGGCUCUAUAAAUGGAUCCCCCAGAAUGACCUUCUUGGUCAUCCAAAAACCAAAGCCUUUAUAACUCAUGGUGGAACCAAUGGCAUCUAUGAGGCGAUCUACCAUGGGAUCCCUAUGGUGGGCCUUCCUAUGUUUGGGGAUCAACCUGAGAACAUUGCUCACAUGAAGACCAAGGGAGCAGCUAUCAGAUUGGACUUCAAUACCAUGUCUAGUGCAGAUUUGCUCAAUGCAUUGAAGACUGUCAUUAAUGACCCUUCAUAUAGGGAGAAUACUAUGAAGUUAUCAAGAAUUCAUCAUGACCAGCCUAUGAAACCUCUAGAUCGAGCGGUCUUCUGGAUCGAGUUUGUCAUGCGCCACAAAGGAGCCAAACAUCUUCGGCCAGCCGCCCAUGACCUCACCUGGUUCCAGUACCACUCUUUGGAUGUGAUUGGGUUCCUGCUGGCGUGUGUGGCAACUGCUACAUUUGUCAUUGCAAAAUGUGUUCUGUUUUGUUGCCAGAAGUUUUUUAAAACAGGAAAGAAGAAAAAAAGAGAGUAGUUAUUUCAGAGGCCUGAAGCUGAUAUGCCUCAUAGAUGGGACUCCUCCACCUUAUUCCAGCAGGAAGUUGCGAUGUAAGGGUCACUAUCUCCUGUGACCACCUUACUUAUCACAAUUUAGCUUCUCAGAUCCAAAUUUGUUUUCAAGUGACUACCUGGUUAAGAGUUAUAAAUAUGUCAUGCCAAACAUAAAAACUUAUAAAAAUUAAAACAAAAAUAAAGCCAUAUGAAUAUA